AUGGCUUCUGUGUCAUUCGGCGACGCAAGUUGUGGACUCCAAGUUGGGGUCAAUCAAGGGACGAUAAAUCUUGGACAAGAACCCCAGCCAGAGCCACUUUCGACUGUCCCCUUCUCGCACGACCCAGACUUUGUUUAUCGCAACACACUCCUUGAUCGAAUUCACGAGAAAUCUUCAGUCCUGGGAUCGAGAAUAGUUCUCGUUGGAAAACACGACUUGCUAUUGAGUAUUGCCAUCGAGUUUGAGAGCAAUCGGCCAAAACUUGGGUCUUUUGGGUUCAUGCAAGACCGGAACGCUAAUAUCUUUCAACUUGUCGCAAAUUGGCUGCAAGAUGAAAAUAUUGGAAAAUGGGUUCUUGUUUUGGAUAAUCUAGAUGACGACGAGCUCCUUCGCAGACCUUCGGCGAUGAGUACGGAGGCCCAAGUAAACGCUCACAGCCAUGCCUUUACACAGCCACCGCUGAGGUACCUUCUCGAAAGCUUGAAUGGUUCCAUUAUAAUCACAAGCCGGAGCAAAGAUGUAGCCUUGAAAAUAACAGGAAAUACGAAGAAUUUGAUUGAUGUGCAACCUAUGAAUAUGGUCGAAGCUCUAGUUCUAUUGAGCAACAAGCUCGACAUAGAUACUCAGAGCCCGGACAUGAUGCGGCUAGUCGAGGAGCUUGAAUAUAUGCCCCUCGCGAUUGUCCAAGCUGCUAGCUAUAUCAUUCAUCGUUCCCCUCGCUGCUCGGUAUCUCAAUACCUAGAAAAGCUUCAAAAGAGUGACCACCAUGCUACUAUGCUUCUAAAUCAUGAGGCAGGUCAUAUUCACCGAGACUGGGAAGCAAAGAACUCGAUUUUGCUUACAUGGCAAAUAUCGUUUGCCUACAUCCGACGAAUCAAGCGGCCUGCCGCUGACUUACUCUCUCUUAUGAGCUUCUUCGAUCGGCAAGGGAUUCCAGAGUAUUUACUACGGGUUCAGGCUAGGAAAACCAAUUAUAGUAUUCUGGGUUCUCCAGAGGAAGUUGCAAUCAUUUCUAGUGAAGAGGAUACGGAUACUUCGUCAAAUUCUGACCUAUAUCAUGAUUUCGAGGACAACAUUGCAACUCUCAGAGACUUUUCAUUCAUUGAUACCGGUGAAGACAGCACUAUGUUCACGAUGCACCGGCUAGUGCAGCUGACGGUGCGCGCAUGGCUGAAAACAUAUGGCCGGGGUGAAGAGUGGAAGGAAAGAUUCAUUGAAACUUUAUAUGCUAGAUUCCCGACAGGUGACUAUGAGAACUGGGAAGAGUGUCGAUCGCUUUUCCCACACGUGAAAUUGGCAGCAUCACAACGACCAAAAUCACAAGCUUCUCUACAAAAAUGGGCUGCUGUGCUUUACAGAGGCUCCUGGUACGCACAGGAAAUUGGGGAUGUUACAGAAUCCAAGGCAAUGGCAUGUAAAUCCAGAAAGCAGAGAUUGAAGCUUUUUGGAGCAGAGGACGAACGUACCCUCGAUAGCACUGCGAUGGUGGCAAUAGCGUAUCGUUUGGAGGGCCGAUGGAAGGAGGCAGAGGAGCUGCAGGUCCAGGUGAUGAAGACUUAG